AUGACCAGUGGAUUACAAAGCAUUAAGCAUAUAGCUCCUUCCCUCCUCUCCAGAAUAACCCUGAAAAGACACCCAUCUUUGCGGCAAAAAUUGAGGGAACGUGGGCAAUUGGCUCAGUUUUGGAAGAAAUAUAAGGUAGACAUGAUACAGUACACUCAAGACUGCUCAGCCUUCCAAGAAGCCAACGAACCCCUCUUUAACUAUCUUGAUGUGGAAUACUUUGGACAGAUCUCCAUUGGAAACCCUCCACAGAGUUUUACUAUACUGUUUGACACUGGUUCCUCCAACCUCUGGGUACCAUCUGUUUAUUGUGUCAGCAAGGCAUGUGCUGAACACUCCAGAUUUCAGCCAUCAAAGUCCAGCACCUACACUGAAGUGGGUACUUCUUUUUCCAUUCACUAUGGCACUGGUAGCUUGACAGGAAUAAUUGGAAUGGAUCAAGUGACUGUUGAAGGACUCACCAUAGUAAAUCAACAGUUUGCAGAAAGUGUCUCUGAACCUGGUAACACCUUUCUGGAUGCAGAAUUUGAUGGGAUACUUGGUCUGGCCUAUCCAUCCUUGGCUGUGGAUGGUGUCACCCCUGUAUUUGAUAAUAUGAUGGCCCAAAACCUGGUGGACUUACCAAUAUUCUCAGUUUACAUGAACAGAAACCCUUAUUCUUCUAUAGGAGGGGAACUGAUUUUUGGUGGCUAUGAUGAGACCUAUUUCAGUGGAAACCUUAGCUGGAUUCCAGUCACUAAGCAGGGAUACUGGCAGAUCCAACUGGAUAAUAUCCAGGUUGGUGGAAAAGUUGCAUUUUGUGCAAAUGGAUGUCAGGCUAUAGUGGACACAGGAACAUCUCUCAUCACAGGCCCUUCUGAAGACAUAAAGCAAAUGCAAACAUUAAUUGGGGCACAGUUUAUAGAUGGUGAGGCCAUAAGUGAUGGGAUGAACAUGUGCACCAGUGGCUUCCAAGGUUUAGAUAUAGACACUACACCUGGUCCACUCUGGAUUCUGGGAGAUGUUUUUAUUGGCCAAUACUACUCUGUCUUUGAUCGAGGGAAUAACCAAGUGGGAUUGGCUCCAGCUGCCCCUUAA